AGGAAACAGAUCUCAUUCUGACCUUUAAUAUCUCAAUGCAUCGUUCGUGGUGGAUGGAGAAUGGGCCGGGCUGCACCGUGACCUCAGUAACCCCAGCCCCAGACUGGGCACCAGAGGAUCAUCGUUAUAUCACUGUCUCGGGGUGUUUUCUUGAAUAUCAGUAUAUAGAAGUGGCUCACAGUUCUCUUCAGAUCUUCCUUGCACUGGCGGGCUUCAUCUAUGCCUGUUAUGUUGUGAAAUGUAUUACUGAAGAAGAGGACAGCUUUGAUUUCAUAGGUGGAUUUGACUCUUAUGGCUAUCAAGGUCCUCAGAAGACGUCUCAUUUACAGCUACAGCCCAUGUAUAUGUAA